AUGGCAGACCCCAAGGUCGAAACCAAAACUCUCGAGGCCAAGUGUCUCUGUGGUUCUGUUCACUUUACGGUGGAUGUCCCGGUGGCAUCUCUCCCUCUUCAAGAAUACCUCUGUCAUUGCAGCGUCUGCCGCUUCUCGUCUGGGGCGCCAUGCAACUUUCACGCAAGGCUAGAACCAGGGAUCAAGCCCAAUUGGAUCGCACCUUCAAGCGAGAAGAACUUGACGACAUACUCCAUUGAGGGUUUCGGUUGCACGUAUGAUUUCUGCUCCACUUGCGGAUGCCAUGUUGCGGGAGUUGGGCUGGACAGAGAGGAGUGGACGCCUGCGACUUCGAUAUUCACAGAACACAGCCCAGACACCUUUGAGUUGGAAGGCCAUUGUUUUAGUGACUCGGCCUUGGACAAGGGCCUCUCCCAGGCCCUGACACACCUGGAAGGACGCAAGCUGCUGGACUACAACCCUCCCAAAGACAGCCCUCGAGCCAAGACUGUUGAGCCGAAGCCAGAAGUAGGCGAGGACGGACAAGAGCGGCUGCGGGCUGAGUGCCAUUGCGGGGGCGUAUCGUUCACAAUCAAGCGUCCCUCGCCAGAGCUGCUUGCGAAUGAAAUGCUGAGUACAUGCAUUUCUCCCAUUGAUCAGAAGAAAUGGAUGGCCAGCUUUGACUGUUGCGACGAUUGCCGUAUCGCAAACGGCACGCAUCUUAUUGGCUGGACGUUUCUGCCUUUGUCGUACUGCGAGCCAGAGAUCAAGAGCGAUGAUCUGAAGAUUGGAACUUCUAAGACGUAUGCUUCAUCGCCAGGUGUGUUGCGAAGCUUCUGUGGUACUUGCGGCGCAACCGUCUUUUACUCGCACGAUGAACGUAAACAUCUACAGCCAGGUGACUGGCACGUUGUUGAUCUUGCAACGGGAAUCCUUCGAGCGCCAGAGGGGGCCAUGGCUGAGAACUGGCUAACCUGGAGGUCGCGCUUGGCUUGGGCGGACAGUGGGAAAAGAUUUGAUGCGUCGUUUUUCAACGGGCUGGAGGAGGGAAUGAAGAAGUACGUUGUUGGCAAGGAUGCGAUUGACAAGCUCAAUGAGCUUCAGACGCCGUUUGCGGUGAUUCAAGCUCGUCACAAGGCUGGCAUUUUGCCUGAUUCUGUCCUUGGCAUCGCGAAGAUGAGGGCGUACCUCACCCGGAUCGGAUAUACUCCUGCGGACCUUGAUCGCCUAAACAUCAUCCACGUAGCGGGCACAAAGGGAAAAGGAAGCACCUGCGCCUUUGUCGACUCCAUCUUCUCUCAGUAUCAGCAGCGGCAUGGCGGUCCUCGCAAGACUGGUCUCUUCACAUCGCCGCAUCUCAUGGCCGUGCGUGAGCGGAUCCGCAUAGACUCCAAGCCCAUCUCGGAGGAGCUUUUCGCGAAAUACUUCUUCGAGGUGUGGGAUCGCCUCGAGGAGUCGAGAGAAGCACCUGACCCGGAAGUGCCGUUUGGAUCAAAGCCGGUGUAUGCCCGCUAUCUCACCCUCGUGAGCUGGCACGCGUUUCUGCAAGAGGGCGUCGAGGCGGCUGUGUAUGAGACCGGCAUAGGAGGAGAGUACGACUCGACAAAUCUGGUGUCGAGCCCGGUUGCGUCGGGCAUCAGCACGCUUGGCAUCGACCAUGUCGCUGUCUUGGGAGACACUGUUGAAAAGAUUGCCUGGCACAAGGCCGGCAUCAUGAAGACGGGGAGCCCGGCAUUCACGAUUGAGCAGUUACCCGGAGCAGAAGAGGUUCUCGUGAAUCGAGCCAGGGAAAAGAGCGUUGAUUUGCAGGUGCUGAAGAUUGAUCGCCGCUUGGAAGGCGUGAAGAUCCGACCCAACGCCACGUUUCAGAAGAAGAAUGCGACUCUGGCAAUUGCCCUCGCAGAGACGGCCCUCAAAAGACUGGGGCUCAUAGAAGGGACCUCGGAGGCGGAGCUGCCGCGAGAAUUCGUCGACGGCUUGGAGCAGUGCGUCUUUAGGGGCCGGUGCGAAGUGAAGCAGGAAAACAGGGUGACGUGGCAUCUGGAUGGCGCCCACACUGCAGACAGCUUGAAAAUGUCGUCCAAGUGGUUCGCCAGCGAGAUCACUGGCCGGACUGGCCCAAGAGUCAUGAUAUUCAACCAGCAAGGCCGCAUUGAAGCAAUCGAUUUCCUUCAACCCAUCUGCAACACCCUCAAACGCGACGACGACAACAAGCCAUCUUUCGACCACGUCGUCUUCUGUACAAACGUCACAUACGCCCAAACAGGCUACAAGCGCGACUUUGUCAACAACACCAUCGACCCCUCCGAGGUCGACAAGCUGACCGUCCAGCGCAGCUUUGCUGAAAAGUGGUCUGCCAUCGACCCCAAGGCAAAGGUGGUCGUCCUACCGACCAUCGAAGACGCCUUGAACUAUGCUCGGGGCGUGGCGGCGAGUGCUCCUGAGGGUGAGGCGGUGCAGGCGUAUGUGACGGGGAGUUUGCACCUUGUGGGCGGUGCGCUGGGCAUUCUUGAGGAGACGGAUGCUUUGUAG